AGUAUAGUGGGCCGUAAUCGCAAUCCCGUUAACUUUUGAUCCGGCCCAGUUAGCUAAUCAUUCUUCUCCUCAAAGACACGAGCACUCUCCCCGAAACCACCACUCCGCAAAGCGGCUCGCUUUGCUUUAACACGCGCGCACCCGAACCAAAUGCGACGCGCUCCGGAGGAGAUGGCGAUGGAGUCCGAUUCGGCGGCGGUGGAGGAGUGGCGGCGGGCGGAGCGGGAUGCGGCUGGGCGCAUCCAGAAGAUGGAGGUGGAGAUAGAAGCCAGAGACAAGGGGAAGGUCUGGAGAGGAGGUGCUCCAGUAGAGGAGGAGAAGGCGGCGGACGGGGUCAGGGGAGAAGGGUUCAGGUGGGAGGAGGGCGGGGCGAUCGGUUGGAAGGGGAGGAUGCAUGGGCACCAGAGGCAGCCGGUCGCGGCGGGGCACCUCCCGUUCUGGAGGCCGGGAGGCGGAUACGUGAGCGGCGGGAGGGGAGGGAGAGGAGGGUUUCAGUUUCAUCCCCGCCCUUGGAACCUGCAGCACCACAAAUUGGACAUCUCUAACAAACCUGAAGUAUAUGGUGGUGCAAUUAUCAUCUGCAAUGGUUUGACUAAGCGUCAGUUCUUCGAACAGAAACAUUUUGCCCUUCCUGGUUAUGCUGCAACUUUUAUAAAGAAGAUCAGAGCUGGUAUGCUUCUCUUUCUGUUUGAGCAUGAAGAGAGAAAACUCUAUGGAGUGUUUGAGGCAACUUCAGAUGGAGCAUUGAACAUUCUUCCAGAUUCAUGUGCUUCAUUGUGCAAGUUUCGACCAGCGCAGGUUCUUUUCAGAAGAGUUUGGUUUUGUAAGCCCCUAACUGAAGCUGAAUUUUCUGAUGUCAUCAAAGGAAAUUGUCUCCUCCCUCAAAGGUCUUUCUUUGGUAUAUCAUACCAACAGGUUUUGGAUCUUGUGGACUUAUUUGCUUCAAGAAUGAUCAGGCUUCAGCCCUACCAAAAACCAAAAUCAAGAGUUUUACAGGAUUACAAAAUCUCUCUGGCUCGUACUGGUCGAGAGUUCAGUUUAUAUACUCAUAGCAGUGCCUCCUUUAGUCGUUCGUCUUCCAUGUUCUGCAACAACAGAAUCUCUUUACCAAAUAGCCCCUUCAUGUAUGCCAAACACAAUGGCAAGCAUCCUGCUCGUAAACAUGAGUCUCCUCUUCAGCCUUGGCAUAAGCAUGCUGUCUUCAAGGCACAAGAUAUCUUAGAAAAAAGCAAACCAGAUGAUGCUGAUUAUAUACCACUUGAGCUAGAUGGUUGUAACUCUGACAGUGAUGCAAAUCAGUCAACUUUGAUGGGGACUGUAAGCUUCCAUUCAACCAUGGAGAGUAACAUCAGCUGUGAAAAUCAAGUUCCCAAACCAUUUAAUGGAAAACACAAUGAGGAUGAUAGGUGUAGUCCUCUUGUGCUGAACCAACGGUUCAUUUCUGAAAGUGAAACUGGUCACAACAGUGUAUUUGCGCACAUUAUGAAAGAGAGCAAAUCAGAGUUGCAGGCUAAGGGGUGCAAACGAAAGGCAAUCGUCCAGCUUGAUGAACUCUCAGAUGUCUUAUCCCCUACAAUAGCUUGCAAUGUGGCAAAAAAAGUAUCAUUUAGCUGUGGUGGCAAUGGAAUUUCUGUUACUUCUGAUAAAGCAUCACACGGGCGGACACUUUCUGGAGUACAACCGAACAGAGAAGCAGUUCUAAAAGGGAGGAAGGAACAGAUUGGUUUUUCACCUGGAGACAUUCAAAGCAAGGUGAGAGAUGCUUCAGCAAAGAGUAAGCUGAUGAGGCCAUCCUUUGCAGAACGACUUAGGAAUCAGCAUGCUCAGAGCCGUGCCAGAAAUAGCGAUUUGCAGGUGACUCAAUCUGGUAUCAAGUUGACAUCCACACUUCUCGCGGAUGAGGACUGAGGGUAGAAGGGACCGUACUUUUUAGCCCAACAGUGACGAUGUUGUGAUAUAAGGAGCUGAUGACCACAGUAUGUUGUACUAACGCUUUUUGCCUCGUGGAAUUUCUGGAGAUAACCCUAUGAGUAGUGUAACUUAGGAACUACGCGCUUUUGCCACGCAAUGCUCGAGCUGCUGUAAAUAGACCGUGUUAGCUAUCGCAUUGUUACCUUCCAGUUGAUUUAGUUCAGAACUGAAUUCAGUGUUCGGAGCCAUAAUCUGUAAGGAGAUCUUCAUAUGCUUCUAACUUGUGGUUGGCUAAGAUUAUGUAGGCACUCUGCUGAUAAGAUGCUAUCUCCUACGUGAAUUUUACUUGCAGGCUGUUUCCUGGCAUAUUCUUUUCA